GGCAAAUUCCCGCCUUGCAAGUCCGCCAAGAUUACGACCGACCAGCAGACCGGGCAAUCGCCCGGAUAUGGGUUCGUACUGUUCUCCGACGAACAGGACCAGCAGCGAGCCCUCAGCGAGAUGCAAGGGGUGUACUACAUCGUUACAUCCAUAAACGGCAAAUGGCUGAUUGCCAAGCCACUCAUGAAAGUCAGGGAUGACGACGCCGCCCAAAUUGGGCUGUCCAACACGACGUGGCCGGCAUCUCUUGACGCGGCUCGACUUUGGCGGAAAUCUAUACCGCCAACAAAGGAGAUCUACUGGGCAGGCGGUGCACUGAGAGCAUACUUCGAUCGCCUCAUCCCUUCCGGCCUAGAUGUUCUGAUUGCUGGCUUUGUGUGCAAAGAGCUGCCUCGGCUAAAUACGAACCAAAAAGAUUUGAGGAUAACGGCGAAUCAGGAGAUACUUGGCGGACCAUCUACUCGUAUGCAAAGCGCUUCCGGCCAAGCAUACUUCAAUGGCCCCAUGACCCGCCAUCGCCACACGGAGGGCGUUUUUGAAAGAUCGGCCAACAAUACCAUACAAACGUGGGCGCCCAUCCCCAAGGCCCCAACUACGGGCGUGUCGAUGUCCCGAUCCGAUUACCUGCCCACCCUGUUCGAGGAAGAUGGAUAUAGCCCUUUGGCUUGGGGCGCGACCGCAGUCAUCGAUCUGGCAUCGAUCCGAGGGAUCAUGGAAGGAAAGGCCAUGAUUUGCUCUGAGCAGAUCGACAAGAGGGAAGAUGUCCUUAACCGCACUUUCGAGCUGCGGCAGCAUCGCCUUGAUCUAGAGCUUUACUUCAGCUGCCCGAGCAUGGCCGUGUUUGGGUACAGCAAAGCCCAGGCACCGACGGAGCACAGAUCGAGCUUUAGCGGAUUCGAGAUGCCUACGACAACCCAUCGAUCGAUGGACGAAGACGAGGUGAAGGUUCUUAACAAGAAAUCGACGCGCCGAGGCCGAAAGGCCCCCAAGUCCGCAAAGAAGUUUCGGGCUGAUACUACGCCGCGUCGUCUAGACGCGGCAACCACGAGCGGAAUGUCUCGUGGCCAAGUGUCGCGGCGACUUCUGCCCAAUACCUCUGUUGCUGCUGCCCACCGCACGAGUCAAGAUCCAGCGAAAGAACAACAAGGACCCCAACGGGGAUCGGUACUCUCCAACCACACAUGUCCAGCUUUCACUAAUCCAGAGACCGGAUCUGGGACAGGGCCGGGGACAGGGCCGGGGAUAGGGCCAGGCUCAGACGAGUCCUGGGGUGAAGGACACUGA